AUGGCUGCGCGGCGCUGGAGGGGUCUCCCCUCGGGGAAUCUCUCCGAUUGUCCCAAUGGCUCCCGCUGGAUCAUGGAUGUGUUCCAUGAGUGUGCCCAGGACAGCCGGGAUGUCGCCAGCAUCGUCCUGGGGCUGGGCUCCAUCGGCUGCUUCAUCGCCGCAGCCUUCCCGCAGUUCUACCAGGCGUGCCGAACGGGCAUCAUGGACCAGGCCCUCUCCAUCUAUUUCCUGCUGGGAUGGCUGGGCGGAGACCUCCUCAACCUCAUCGGCUCCUUCCUGGCUGAUCAGCUGCCCCUGCAGGUGUACACGGCCAUUUACUACGUGCUGGCAGACCUGGCCAUGCUGUCCCUGUACUGCUACUACCGGGUGAAGAACAGGGGCAGAGCCUUCCCUGCUCCCAUCAAUGCAGCCUUUGUGUUCCUCUCCGUGGGGUCCCUGCCCAGCCUCUCCCUCCUGGGCAGUGCCAGCCCCGAGGCUCCAGAGGCUUUCAAAGGGAGAUCUCUGCUGUCAGCUCCUGGGGAUGAGCUUGGAGCAAAGCCUUUCUCCAGGACUGAAAUCAUCGGAUUUACCAUCGGCUCCGUCUCCUCCGUGCUCUACCUGUGCUCCCGAGUGCCCCAGAUCUGCACCAACUACAAGAGGAAGUCCACCAGUGGGGUCUCCUACUCCCUCUUUGCCCUGGUGAUGCUGGGCAAUUCCCUGUAUGGGCUCAGUGUGCUCCUGAAGAACCCAGAGCCAGGCCAGGGCCAAGGUGAUUACAUCCUGCACCACCUGCCCUGGCUGGUGGGCAGCCUGGGUGUGCUGGCCCUGGAUGUGGUUAUCUCCUUCCAGUUCCUGGCCUACAGGAAAGGACGGCCUGGCAGCCUCGAGGAGAGGGGGGCUCUCCUGGGGGAGCCAGAGGAGAGCCCUGAGAGCUGACAGAGGGACCUGCCCUGCACGGAGAGGAGGAGGAGGAUGCACAUGAGGAAGGCACGUGCCUUAGGGCUGGCCAGACCAGCCCCUCCAUCCUGGUGGCUCCUGGCAGAAGAGGCCCUGAGCCUGUGGGUGACACGUUGUGCUGCCAAGGUGGUGGCAGAGGAUGCUGCUGGGACACCUGGUGCCUCUGAUACCAAUGAUGCUUUCAGGAUAAAAGGGAAUUUUUGGAUACCUCAGCUGCUCUUUGCUGCUCCAGUGCCCCACAGCUGAGCCUGGGCACUGCUGUGUCUGCCAGGGCUGAUCUGGAGCUUCCUUGGUGCUGGAAAACGUGGGGAGGGGACAGAGUGACUGACCUGCCACAGACACAGCCCUGUGGCCUCACAGCUGCCCCCCCAGCUCCUUCUGGAGACACACGGGGCUGGAUCCAGUGGGGAAGGAGCAGCAGAACCAAAGUGCUCAGUCCACACCUGUUUUA